AUGGCCGUCAUCAAGUCUUCUCUUCUCGUGGCCUUGGCUGCUGCUGCCACUGCGUCUGCGCAGUCUGCCAACCCCGGCGUGGGUACCAAUUCCAAGGCCCAAGGUGCUACGGAGCAGGUCACCCCUAACAGUGGACCCAACGGCUCUGAAGAUUGGCUAAACACCGGCCUGACUGGCGACGGCUGGAACCCACCAUACCUCGACAUCUCCGAGGUUCUACACGUCUCCCUCGACCAGUUCUACGGCAGCAUUGGCUCCGCCUGUCGCCAAUACGAUCAGUACUUCCAGAGCGCCGGCUCCCAGUACGGAGUCGACCCCGUCAUCCUGGCCGCUAUCGCCAUGCAGGAAUCCUCCUGCAACGCCUACGCCGGUGGCCCCACCCCCGGCCUCAUGCAGGUCUCCUGCGACAAUUACCCCAACGGCCAAUGUACCGACUCCAUUCAGGACAACGUCAACGCGGGUACCAACUACCUGAAGUCCCAGCUGGAUGCCUCGGGUGGCAAUGCCAUUCAGGCGCUGGGUUCUUACAAUGGUUGGUUCACGGCUGGCAGUGGUCUGAAUGGUAACAGGGGCUUGACGGUGGAUUACCCUUGCUCUGCGGAGGGCAAGUCCAAUGGUUGGCCUCAGAACCUGGACUAUCUGCACCAGGUUCUGAAUGGUUGGUUCAUGGGUCUGGAUGUGUAUGGGAGUGACAACUGGAUUGGAACUUAUCACUGCAACCAGGACUGCAGCAGUGGCAAGUGCUAG